AUGCCACCUGAUAUACUUCAUUUUCGUCCUCUUGUUCAAUUUUCUCCAUCACUCACAACUCAAGCACAAGAAAAACAAGGAACAAAAGGGAUGAAUCUCACCAAAAAGAAACUCAUCCAUAUCCUUCUUUUGAUCCUCUCUAUCAUAUCAAUCCUCAGAAUUCUAAGCCUCACUCUCAACAAUGUUUCAUCAUCAUCUUCUUCUUCUUCUCCUUCUCCACUUUUUUCCACUUACAACAAAGUCACAUCACAAACAAAUGAACCCUCAAUGCAUCCUAGAAUACCUUCCAACAUAAACACCACAUUCAAAGAGAAAGAAUUCAAGGUUUUAUCAAAUCUAAUAUCUCUUAAAUCACCAUGCAACCUUCUCAUAUUUGGAUUCCAACCUCAGUUCCUUAUCCUCUCUUCAAUGAACAAAGCCGGUAACACUGUCUUUCUCAUUGAAGAAAAUGAUAGAACAAAAACAAAGGUAACAAUAACAACAGCAAAUUCCAACAAUACUCAAAUUUUCAAUUUCAACUAUAAUGUUCCAACAAAAGAAGCAUAUAAACUACUCAAACAUGCAAGAAAUAGUCCAGCAUCAUGUGCACCAAACCCAAGAUACCUUCAAACAUCAAAAUGUAAACUUGCAUUGAAAAAUUUGCCUGUACAAGUUUAUGAGAAGAAUUGGGAUGUGAUAGUGGUGGAUGGACCAAGUGGAGAUUCGAUAGAGUCGCCGGGAAGAAUGGCUUCCAUUUACACUGCUAGUGUACUAGCUAGAAGAAAUGGAAAUAGUUCAGAUGUAAUAGUACAUGAUGUAGAUAGAAUGAUUGAGAAAUGGUUUUCUUGGGAAUUUCUUUGUGAUGAGAAUUUGUUGUAUUCUAAAGGGAAGUUAUGGCACUUUAGAAUUAGAGGUCUUUUAAAUUCUACUACAUUUUGCUCUGUCAUAGAAAAGUAG